UUGGUUUUUCGUUAAUCUCCAAAACAAUGGGGAGAGUUGGGCUGGAAUCAGAUGCAAGGUCACAGUUGGUCCUGGAAAUUUGCUCCAUGUCACGCACUCCCAUUGCAUGUUCUCACAGGCACCAUUUCAACAACCCUGUUAAGUCACAUUUCAUCGACUGGUAUCGUGUUCUAGGAGUGGCAGAAGAUGCAGGAACAGACCUUGUCAAAAAGCGUUAUCAUAAACUUGCUUUGCAACUUCAUCCAGAUAAGAAUAAGCAUCCAAAAGCUGAGAUUGCCUUCAAGCUUGUCUCACAGGCAUAUACAUGUCUUUCUGACAGUGUGAGGAGAAGAGCUUUUAACUCGGAGAGGUGGAAAUACUUCUGCAUUGAAUGCAACAGAAUCCCAUACACAAGCGGCAAUUCCCUUGCCAAUUCACGAUAUUCAUCAAAACCCAAGGCGAAGGACCCUACAAGCUGUGCAAGGUCUAGUAGAGUUGUGCAAGGUCUAAAAGAUAUCAGAGAUAGAUUGAAAGAGGAAGUCAGGGUUAUAGAACACUGCUUGAGGGUUAAUAGCUUGUCCAGGAGGGAAUCCCCGCUCUUUGAUCCCUCAAACAAACUUUGUCAGAGUAAGAUUAGACAAAAGAGUCAGAGAGAGACCCCGAUUUUUGAACCUUCGGAUUAUCUAUUUCAAGGCUACCCACACUUGAGGGUCCAAAGUUACAAGACACCUGAGAGCUUUUGGCACUUGCAAAGGAGAAGUGUACAGGGAAGAGGGACGUAUCAGUCCCCAAUCUUUGAGAAUGCAUCAGCAACAGGAAUAUUUAGGGGAAUGCUUAAGAGCAAAUCUGUUUGUAUUCAUUCAUGAUCAUCAUUCUUUAGCAUCAAUCAAAACAAAGAAAUUUGCUUUUGAUUUAUAAAAUGAUUCGAUUCAGUCACACGAGAAUUCUUCUUUACUCUGUUCUACAGUGUGAUAGCAUAACAACUUACUUACUUUAAGACA